CAGCUUCGCUUGCACCCAGCGAGUGAUCAGCUGCUGCUCUCACUCUGUCCCCGCUCAUUGGCGAAUUGCACAAUCUCUCUUCCCCUCCCCCUCCCGUCCCGCAUACCGUUCUUCUUCUCGUUCCAGUUUGCGAGCUGUGAGGUGGAGAGUCGAGAGAGAGCCUGAAGGUGGAGUAGCAGCAGCAGCCAUGAAUGGGCAUGGCAAUGGAGGCUGCGCGGCCGCAGGAGUGCCGCGGGCUGCCUUCGGGAAGGCGGACAAAGGCGCCGACUUCGCCAAUUACUUUUGCACAUACGCCUUCUUGUACCACCAGAAGGAGAUGCUCUCCGAUCGCGUGCGCAUGGACGCCUACUACGAUUCCAUUUUCAAAAACGCCCGGCAUUUCAAGGGAAAGACUGUGUUGGACGUCGGCACUGGAAGCGGUAUAUUGGCAAUCUGGUCAGCUCAAGCUGGUGCCCGCAAGGUGUACGCCGUCGAAGCUACGGAUAUGGCUACACACGCAAGAGCUUUGGUAGCAGGAAAUAAAAUGGAGAACGUUGUUGAAGUUAUCGAGGGAUCUGUUGAGGAUAUUUCCUUACCUGAACAAGUCGACAUCAUAAUUUCGGAGUGGAUGGGCUACUUUCUCGUGCGAGAAUCUAUGUUCGAUUCUGUUAUCUACGCCAGGGACAAGUGGUUGAAGCCUACUGGCAUGAUGUAUCCUAGUCAUGCACGUAUGUGGCUUGCCCCCAUGCAAACAAAUUUGGGAGAGCGAAAGAUGCAGGAGUACCAGCAUGCCAUGGAUGAUUGGUCUCGUUUUACCCAAGAAACCCUUGAUCAGUACGGUGUUGACAUGGGCGUUCUUAAUACCCCUUAUCGAGCAGAACAACAAAAAUACUUUCUUCAGACCUCAGUGUGGAACAACCUACAUCCUAAUCAAAUUAUUGGAGAACCUGCCUUGGUUAAGGAAUUUGACUGCCUAAAAGCAACGCUUGAACACACAGCAAGUCUGCGAUCACAAUUUAGGAUACCAAUCGAUCCUGGUAAUUUGCAGAUUGCUGGAUUUGCUGGUUGGUUUGAUGUACAUUUCAGAGGCUGUGCUAGUGAUGCUGCUGAUAAUGAUGUAGAGUUGACCACUGCACCUAGCGUUUCUGAUACCACUCACUGGGGCCAGCAGGUGUUCCUGUUGCAUCCUCCCAUCAACACAAGAAAUGGCGAUGUAUUGGUGGGUGAACUGGAAGUCACACGUUCCAAACAGAAUCAUAGAUUAAUGGAUGUCAAGGUUGUACACAACUUGGAACGGCGGGACAGUCCUCCAGCUCAGCCAACCAUUUCUCAAUUCCAUAUUGAGUAAGUGAAAUAUACACUUGAAUUAGUCCUAUGUUUAUGAAUAUGGAAUCGGAUACCCAACAUUUUUACGAAUGUUAUUGCCACAGCAUGCCGUGAGUUGGGGCUCCGGUAUCAAGUUGAUUGAAUGAGGUUCUACCCUUUUGUGCAACCUCUCGCUUAUUUUUCGAUACAAGGGCGUCUGGGACAGCAUUUUCAUGGAGAACCAGAAUCUCCAUAAUUUAAAGCGUCAAAUGGAUUCAAUUUUUUUGCCCUUAUAACUUCAAGGAUUAUCGUCCCAUGGUACUUUCAAAUUAAUUCAUGCAAGUCUUUUUGAAAACUCGAUUUUUUUUUUUAAUACAAGAUAGGAUCAAACAGCCUGCGGGUCUGCGCAGAUAAACAUGCAUUGUUAUUAAUGUUCAUAAUACAUAUAUAUAUAUAUAUAUAUAUAUAUAUAUAUCUGCUAGCCA